AUGCCUCCCAAACGAUCGGCUCGUAUUGAAGCAAAGAAUAAGAGGAAGAUGAAAGAAGUGACGGAGGAACCUUCUUCUGCAGCAGCGUCGCAGCAGAGACUAACGAUGCCCGUGAACUUUUUCCCCGUUCAGCCUCACCUCCAGCAAUUACAUCAGUCGACGUUCUCCUUCAACAGCCAGCAGAAGAAGCAGCGUCCCACCGAACCUGAUAAUCUGGACAAAUUUAUAACGAGGCCCUUCACUACUUUCACUGCCUUAUUAACUGAAGAAGAUGUCCCUGCUCCUCUCAGACGCAUGUAUGAUCAUAUAGAUCAGGUUACCAAAUCACACAGCGGUCAAGUGAGAAACAUGUUGUUAGAUGUUUAUAUGAGACACUAUAAUAGUCUUUCAAGCAUCGCGAACAAUGAAGCAGGGAAAAAAUUGGUAGAGAAAGAGGAAGAAUUAAGGCAGGCGAAGAUGAAAAUAAUGGAAUUGGAAAAGAAGGUAAACCAGUUAACUUACAAUGGUCGAAAGAUGCAAAUCAAAGUUAGGAAUCUCGAAAUGAGGUGUGCAGUGCUGGACGCUCGGCUUUACGCAGUUGCUCAAUCAGAGAAACAACAACAGCAGGAGUCCGUGGAGUCCUCUCAUGUUUAUCCUCAUGUGAUGGAGCCAGUGCCACCACCAAGUGUGGGCACCUGUCAAGCGUGCUACAAGGCAAACACCGCUUCUAUUAUAUGGCCUUGUCGCCAUUUUUGUGUCUGUGCACCAUGUGCUGCUAUUAUCAAUACUUGCCCUGUUUGUCAAACACCCAAGUGUACCGGCUCAUGA